AAAGAACAAGGCAUACAAAUGGAAGGAGAGGUUGGUUUGAGUGUACUAGGAAUGAUCGGGGAGUUGCUGAUUAAGCCAAUUCAACGAGAACUUGGCUAUUUCUUUUGCUUCAACAAUAACUUUCAAGAGCUCCAAACUCAACUAGAAAAACUAAAAGCAACAAGAGAGGAUGUACAAGCAAGGGAAGAUGCAGAAAUGAGGAAGCGUAACACCCUGGGUGAAAUCGUCAAGUUGUGGAUUCACAAUACAGACGGAAUAAUUGUAGAAGCAAAUAGCCUUCUCAAUGAGAAGGCCGAGGUUCAGAAAGGGUGUUUCUCCAUCAAAUGGUGUCCUAAUAUAAGCUUGCGCUUUUCUUUGGGCAGGAAGGGGAAGAAGUUAUCUGUCGUUAUCAUUGAGCUUCUUCAAUCUGGUGCUCAAUUGCCACAAACGGGUCACGCCUUACCCGUGUCACCCAUAAAUAUAGGCGAUUACAUUGGAGAUGCUCGUGAUUUCAACAGCCGAAGUCAGAUUGUGGAAGACAUCAUUGAGAAGUUAAGGGAUGAAAAAACAAUGUUAAUUGGGAUAUGCAGGAUGGGAGGCAUUGGAAAGACUACAUUGGCCAAGCAAGUCCUCCAAAAGGUACAAGACUUCCCUAAGCCUUUAUUUGAUGUUCAAGUUAUUUCGACUGUCUCCAAUAGUCCCAAUUUCAAUACUAUCCAACAAGAAGUCGCGGAGAUGUUAGGGUCUUCGCUUAAAGAAAUAGAGAAUGGGAUUUUAAGAGCAGAACAAUUACGAAAAGCUUUUAGUAACAAAAAGGUUGUUGUCUUGUUGGAUGAUGUUUGGAAAGAGUUUGAUUUAAAUGCUUUUGGUUUUCCAUUAACAAAAUCAAAUGUUGAUGGGAGUUGCUGUAAAAUAAUUUACACAUCUAGAAACGAAGAUUCAUUAUGGUCAGGUGAACGAAACAUCACCAAACAAGAAUUCUCUCUUGACAUUUUGUCAAAUGAAGAAGCCUUGACUUUGUUUAAAAGAAAAGUCAAUCUGCCUAAUGAUGAAAUUGAAAAGAAUGAAAUAGCGAGACAAAUUGUGAAAGAAUGUGCAGGACUGCCCCUCGCGCUUGAGGUUGUAGGAGGCGCUCUCGUAAAUAAGAGAACAUCCGCGUGGAACGAUAUGCUUUUCAGGUUGCAGAGUCAACAACUUCACCAUGACAAGAUAGACAAGGUCGUGCAGACGAGUUAUGACUUCUUAGAAGAUCACGAAGCCCAAUUCUUGUUCUUGCUCUGCUGCUUAUUCCAAGAAGACGAAGUGAUUCCUAUCCAGACGUUGUACCGUUAUGCAGUGGGUUUGCAACUCUUCAAAGGUAUGAACCUACACCGUAUAAGUGAUCGUGUCAACACCUUAUUAGAAGACCUAACAAAGAGAAAUUUGCUAAUAAAUGUUAAAGAAUAUGCAGUGAAGAUGCAUGAUGUGGUGAGAGACGUGGGAAUUUCAAUUGCAAAACAAGAACAAAACGGUUUUAGUUUUAUAGAGUUCGAUGAUGAACAAGAGAUUGUCUUGAGUGGAGGCUCAAAAUUGGAGAUACUACGUUUGAAUACUUUACGUUUCUACAUAUCAAAUGUUAAAAUGUCAGGAAAUUUAUUUCAAGGAGUGGAUAAUCUCAAAGUUCUGGAUAUAAUCGGCAGAAAUUGCCAGAUUAGUGAGUUUCCAUUAUUUUCUUCUUUAACCAAGUUGAAGAUGUUAUCUCUAGAGUUAUUUAAUUUGAAUAUAACAACCAAUGUAUCUACCAUUGGACAUAUUAAGUGUUUGGAGAUCCUUAGCCUUCGAGAAUCAACCAUGAAAGAUUUGCCAAACGAAAUAAGUGAGUUAACAAACUUAAGAUUGUUGGAUUUGACUGGGUGUAAAUGUUUCAUAACCAAUGGUGUUCUUUCGAAACUUACUAAUCUACAAGAAUUGUACAUGUGGGAGAGUUUUCAAGAUUGGAGGCUACAAAAAGAAGAGGUUAAUGGUGGAGACAAUCAUGCAGCAGGUCUGGAUGAAUUGAAUUGCUUAUAUAAAUUGUGGAAAUUGGAACUGGAGGUAAUCAACAUUGAACAAGUGCCGAGAGAUGUUAGGCUAUUUUCUUCUUCAACAUUAUUGGAACAAUUCAAGAUAAGAAUGGUAGAUAAAUAUGAGAGAAAAACUCAAUUUAAAGAUGGGAAAAGACGACUGUGGUUGGAAAAUGUUAGAAACAAUACCACACGUUCCUUACAUGAUGAACUUAGGGUCUUAGUAGAAAAGGGCAUUACCAAUUUAUGUAUAAGCAAUGAUCUUGUCAUGUGGGAGAAAAUGCAUUUAAACAGUCUUCUAUCAUUAAGAGAAGUUGUUCUUAAAAAUUGUGGAUCAAUUAUUACUCUUUUCCCACCGUCACAAUCAUCAAUGGAAAUAGAAGAGAUCAAUGGACUUGGGCGUUAUUUGUGGUGUAUCGAAAUAUAUGGAUGCAAUCAAAUGAGGCAUUUAUGUUCUACAUCAAUAUCAAGGAAUCUCACAAAUCUUAAAAUUCUUGUUCUUCAAGACUGUGAAAUGACCGAAGAAGUUGUUAAUUUUUGCGAUAAGACAGAACAACUCAAUAAAAUUGAGUUCAAUGCUUUGGAAACUCUUGUGCUACGUGACAUGUCUAGGAUGGAAAGUUUUUGCAGAGGAAUAAAUGAAAUUUAUUUUUAUAAACUAAAAACAUUGCAGCUAACAGGACUGAAGAAUUUUAUAUUUCCAACAAAGGUGGAAAUACCUUGCUUGGAGAUUCUGGAGAUCUCAUUUAUUCCAAAUAUUGAAACUUUGCCAAUCGUGGCUCCAUCCCUAAGAAUCUUGAACAUUGAUAGUUGCGGAAGCUUAAAAUAUGUCUUCUCGGAGAUCUUCUUGAUAAGUAUUUCUCAUCUUGAAAAUUUAUCCAUUAAAAACUGCAAAAUGCUGAAGGGACUAAUAGGAGUGUCGAAGGGCGUGGAAGAGGAGUCGAAAAAAUCAAUUGAAUUCCCCAAUUUGAAGAGAUUGAAUCUCGCAUCCUUAGACAAAUUAACGAGUUUUGUCAUGGACAUCAACAAUUUGGACGUUGAAGAGAAAAAGUCGCAGCAAAAAAUACUAUUUGAUCUUGAUGAGGUCUCAUUUCCUUGUUUACAAGAGUUGAUGAUAGAUGGAUUGCGAAAGAUAAAUUAUAUAAUAGGAAGGAACAGUGAACAAGUAAGAGUUCAUGAUGAUAUCGAGGAAUGGCAUGGCAGGGAAUUAUUAGUAUUUCCUAAUGUGAAGACAUUGCGACUUAAACAUUUAAAGGAACUCGUGGGUUUUGUUGGAGCGAUGAACAAUAUUGACAACAAUAGCAAAAAUCAAAAUGCACUAUUUCAUCUUGACGAUGAUGAGGUCUCAUUUCCUUUUUUACAAGAGUUGAGUGUAUCUAGAUUGCCAAAGAUAAAUUAUAUAGUAGAAAGGAAGCGUGGACAAGUAAGAAGACGUCGUGAUAAUAUAUUUCCUGCAUUAAGUUGGUUGAGGUUGUAUAAAUUAAGCAAUUUAAUACAUGUGUAUGAAAUCAACCAGCCAGGACUAGGAGUGCUUUUAUUUCAAAACUUGACACGCCUGGUAGUUGAUGGAUGUGGGAAAUUGAGAUAUUUGUUUUCGGAGAAUAUAGGUAGAGUCGCUGCCAAGAACCUUGAGAGUCUAGAUAUUUGUGAAUGUCCAAUGUUGGAAGUGGUGAUGAAGAAUAUUGAGGAGGAAGUAAUAAUAGAUGAUAAAGCUGGAGUAGGAGGAGGAGGAAGUAAUAGUCAUUUCUUUCCACUCCUUGAGCAAUUGAUACUUUUGAAUCUAUCAGGUUUGAGGAGCUUUUGUGAUGUUGCUUAUACUUGGGUCUUGCCAUCACUAGAGGGAUUAGGGGUGUUAGGAUGUCCCAAGCUAGAGGCACUCUCUCCCGGCUAUUUGGAUUCUCCAAGGCUGGAGAGUCUUUGGUAUACUAAUGAACAAGAAAAUGUAAAGGAUACUUGGAAAGGUGACGUUAACAAAGCAUUGCGUCAUCUAUUUAUCAAGAAAGAAACAAAAGAAAAGAGACUAGAGAACAUGAAUGAAGACGACGACGACGACGACGACGACGACGACGACGACGACGACGACGACGACGACGACGACGACGACGACGACGACGACGACGACGACGAAGAAGAUUGGGGAAUUAUUGGGGAUGCUUAAUCUGCAACACAUUAUUGUUUUCGUGUCUAUUAAAUAAGUUGCAGCUUCGAUAGUGUCUAUUAAAUAAUAAUACUAAUGUCUUUACAUGCUUACAACUAAUAGCUCGAGACAUAAUCAUCAUAAUUAGUAAUAUUGCUCUCUGCUACAAGAACUUAUAUCAAUAUAUGCAUAAAUCCUUUAAUUAUGUUUGUUCCUUUUUAAGCAUUUUUUUGUUUAUGUUUCAGUACUGCUGCUGUUCUCUUAAUGUCUAAUUUUGUUAUGUCUGGUGAUA